AUUAAUUAUUUUUCUCUUUCUUUUUUAUCAAUUUGUCAUUUCUUGCCAAUUUUGCUUAAGAAUUUCUAGGCUUCCUUCUCCUAUUUCUUUCUCUCUCUCUCUCGAUCUGAGAAUUGAUCAUAUCAUGUCAAGCGAAGGAAGAAAAGAUCCGACUGAAGCCGGGUCAUCGUCGAGGACGACGACGACGACGACGACGACGACGGCGGCGUUGAGUCGGUACGAAUCACAAAAGCGACGUGAUUGGAACACGUUCGGACAGUAUCUGAAGAAUCAAACGCCGGCGGUAUCACUGUCGCAGUGUAACUGCAACCACGUGCUUGAAUUCUUGAGGUAUUUGGACCAGUUCGGAAAAACUAAGGUUCAUUUACAUGGCUGUGUUUUUUUCGGGCAGCCUGACCCACCUGCCCCUUGUACCUGCCCACUCCGUCAAGCAUGAAGUCUCGACGCCCUCAUCGGCCGUCUUCGAGCUGCCUAUGAAGAACACGGCGGAUCGCCUGAAACAAACCCUUUCGGAAAUGGAGCAAUUCGUGUUUAUUUAAGGGAAGUUAAGGAGUGUCAAGCUAAAGCUAGAGGAAUUCCGUACAAGAAAAAGAAGAGAAAAAGAACUCAAUUGAAAUCCAACGAUGAUGAUAUCAACAACAACAACAACAACAACACCAACUCCAACAGCAAACAACCCAUCAAGCAUCUCCCUUGAUUCAAUUUAUCCUGGGCAAGAAAGCAACUGAUCAAGAGUGUAUAAAUAUGGAACGAGUUGAAGGGUUUUUUUUCUAUAUGAUAAAUUAAAAUACUUAUGUUAUUGUAGAGUUAAUUAUAUAUAAAGAAAUAGAGAAUUUGAAUAAAAAAAAUUAAAUUAGCAUAUAGUAAUGUAGCAAAAGGUAGCCUUAGCAAGCAAUGUGUUUGCUCCCAUUUUAGUUAAUUUAGAAAAAGAAAAGAAAAAAAAAAAAAGAGUCCCCCAACUUGUAGGUUCACUUUUUAAUUAUUCCAUAUUAGAAGGUCACAAACCAAGGUACUAUACAUUGUCAGUUUUACCCUUCACAUUUAAGAAGAAAUUUGUCAUUUCAAUUCUCCAUUUUUCAUAAAA